GGCCGGGGGGCGGGGAAGACGGCAGCCGCACGCCCAACCCGCGGCCCGGGAGGUGGUUGGGGAGUGAAUCUUCUGGAAGGCGACCUUAAAGGCGCCGGGCCGAGCGAAGGGCGUUGCAGUGCGGCUGUCGCCGGGGCCGGGAAGGGGCGCGUUGGUGGCAGGAGGCGGGCUGCGCGGCGGUCGUGGCGGAACUCGCUGGUGACCCUCGCAGGAUGAACCACAAGAGCAAGAAGCGGAUCCGCGAGGCCAAGCGGAGUGCACGCCCGGAGCUGAAGGACUCGCUGGACUGGACCCGGCACAAUUACUACGAGAGCUUCUCGCUGAGCCCGGCGGCCGUGGCGGAUAACGUGGAGAGGGCGGACGCCCUACAGCUCUCGGUGGAAGACUUUGUGGAGCGAUACGAAAGGCCUUACAAGCCCGUGGUUCUGCUGAACGCCCAGGAGGGCUGGUCCGCGCAGGAGAAAUGGACGCUGGAGCGCCUGAAGAGGAAGUACCGCAACCAGAAGUUCAAGUGCGGGGAGGACAAUGACGGCUACUCGGUGAAGAUGAAGAUGAAGUACUACAUCGAGUACAUGGAGAGCACGCGGGACGACAGCCCCCUGUACAUCUUCGACAGCAGCUACGGCGAACAUCCCAAAAGAAGGAAACUUCUGGAAGACUACAAGGUGCCCAAGUUCUUCACCGAUGACCUUUUCCAGUACGCAGGGGAGAAGCGCAGGCCCCCUUACAGGUGGUUUGUGAUGGGGCCCCCACGCUCCGGAACCGGAAUUCACAUCGACCCUCUGGGAACCAGCGCCUGGAAUGCCUUGGUGCAGGGCCACAAGCGCUGGUGCCUGUUCCCCACCAGCACGCCCCGGGAGCUCAUCAAGGUGACCCGCGACGAAGGAGGGAACCAGCAGGAUGAAGCUAUCACCUGGUUUAAGAUCAUCUACCCCCGGACACAGCUGCCAACCUGGCCACCCGAAUUCAAGCCCCUGGAAAUCUUGCAGAAGCCGGGAGAGACUGUCUUUGUGCCAGGAGGCUGGUGGCACGUUGUCCUCAAUCUUGACACCACCAUUGCCAUCACCCAGAAUUUUGCCAGCAGCACCAACUUCCCUGUUGUAUGGCACAAGACGGUAAGAGGGAGACCAAAGUUGUCCAGGAAAUGGUAUAGGAUCCUGAAGCAGGAGCACCCCGAGCUGGCGGUCCUGGCUGACUCGGUUGACCUUCAGGAAUCCACAGGGAUCGCCUCCGACAGCUCCAGCGACUCCUCCAGCUCCUCCAGCUCCAGCUCUUCGGACUCGGACUCGGAGGUGAGCCCCGCUCGCCGCCAGGCCUCCAGGGCAGGUCCCGCGGAAACCAGCCGUGACUCCCUCCGCCCAGGCAGGAGGGAGAAAGAUGGGGAGCUUUUCGCUUUCGGGAACCACCAUUGCUUCAUCCUGCCACGGAAGGGCUUUGCCCAGCUCACAGCUCUGUGUGCACCAGCCUCAGGUUAGAGGAGAGCUUGCCAGUCCAGUGAGGAAAGGCCAGGACCUCACGCUGGCAGACAGCGGGCCGGAAAUUCAGGCCCCAAGCAUUCCGACCUCAAGGUCCAGGUUCAGAUUUUCCCUCUGGGUGGUGCAUUGUGAGCCUAGGAACCCAGCAAAUUCAGUGACUUGCUAAAAGCUAACAUAGCAUUGGGUGAGAGGGUCCUGCACCCUUAGCAGAUGCGACUUCUGUCUGGUGGCUGCAUGCUGUGCUGAUUUCACCCUUUCUCGUGGCGGGAGGUGGUGUGUUUUAUGAAUGGCAAGUGCGGUGCUUACCUUCAUGCAUCAGGCUGUGUUGGUCGAGUGAAAUUCCAUGAUGCAACCUCCAGAUGAUGACUGACUGUUCUCAGGGUGGUGUCUCCUCCUGUUAGAGAACACGGGGGACACUGCCUCCUGCGGGGAGAAGGGGGUUCUCGGGGCACCGGAAACGUCUGAUGGUGCUCGGACUGCACUGUGGAGCAGUCGCAUGGCUGCUUUGCUUCUGGGGGACGUGGACCAUCCGAGUGCUGUCUCCUGGGGCCAGAGGUUCCGUCCGGUUGAAUUCGUUUUCUCUCCUCCGUGUCCAGUGUGAGUCGGGGUCUGAAGGAGACGGGACGAUGCACCGCAGGAAGAAGCGGAGGACCUGCAGCAUGAUGGGGAACGGGGACACCACCUCCCAGGACGACUGCGUGAGCAAGGAGCGCAGCUCCUCCAGGUGACCGGCCAGCUC